AAAUAAUAAUAAAUAAAUAAAAAAGUUUAGGCGGGAAAAUGACUCUUCUUAUUCUUGUUCUUAUAUUAAUCAAACUCUUCUUCUUUCUUUCCAAUCACUUUCUUUCUCUGUUCAAAUUUUAAUCUCAUUCCUUUCCCAAAAAACAUGGAGAAACCACCACUCAAACGUCCCAAAAAGGAAUCUUUUCAUCACGAUCAUCAUCGUACUUCCGAACACACUCGACAAAUUUGUAACAACUAUCGCAGUGUCUGCAAGAGAAUCCAAGAAAAAAGAGAUGAGUUGACAAAACCACAGUCAAAGAAAUUCAAUGUGAUCAUUGAUGAGGUAGAAACUUUAUUCAAACAAGUUCAGAAGCCAAGGGAACAAGUGGCAGAUAGUGAAGCAUUGUUGGGUCUUGCUAAUACACUUGCAACAUCUGCUAAAUCACAUUCUGUUGGUGGUUUUACAUCAUCUGAUUUUGUUACUUAUUUGUUGAGAAAUUUUGGGAAAAACUCUUCUGAGAUUGAUUGGAAUGGUGUUGGUUUAUCUGUUUCCAACAUUUUCAUGAAGGCCCAUGGCUCUACAACCUUGGUUGGACCAAUGAGUACAGCUAUGGAGAAGUGUUUUUUAAAGGCAACAAUGAGGAACCCUAGAACCUAUACAAAAAGAUCUAGGCCAACAGAAACUUCUCAACCAGAGAAGUUUGAUGCUGGAACAGAAGAGAAAACCGAUACACACGACGAUAUCUCAACAAUGUUUAACAUCUUGAAGAAGAAGCCUGGAGUUGUGAAGGAGAGUUUGAUACUAAACCGAAAUUCAUUUCCACAAACAGUUGAGAAUUUGCUUGCUUUGUCAUUUCUAGUAAGAGAUGGCCGUGUUGGAAUAACUGUUGACAAAAAUAGUCGCCAACUCGUUUGGCCAAGGAACUCUCCCGAUGCAGAUUCAAUUGCGUCAAGAGAUGUUAGCUACCAUUCUUUUAUCUUCAGACUCGAUUACAAGGAUUGGGAGCUAAUGAAGGGCGUAGUGGCGGUUGGAGAGGAGCUGAUGCCACACCGGGGAGGUGUCCCAGUUGCCCGGGUGGCUUCACCGAUAAGAAACAUCUCGAGGAACAGGACGGUGGCGGUUGCAGAACAAAUUAGCCCAACUGUUGUGAAAGUAUGUUCUGAGAAAGAAUACAAUGCAGCAAUUCAGAAUCAACCAUUUGUAACUGUUGUGAAAGACUAGAUUAGGCUUUACAUAACAAACUUAAUUAUGAGAUAUUAUCUUAAUUAUGGUGCUUCCAUAUUGAGUUAUUUUUUAACUAUAACAAACUUGUUGUGUAUUGUCUAAUUUGGAUGAAUGAACACUAGUUUAUGUGAUAUUUUGUUCUCUUGUAUAUUUUCAUAGUUUGAGAGGCUUAAAUUCUUGAUAGCUUUUUGUGAA